AUGCAAAAUAUUUCUAGACGCCCCAUAAGAGUUAGCCUAUACCGCUAUGGAUCGAAUCCAUUGCAAUGGUCAUACGUCUCAACAUUGCCAACAAGGGACUUGACCAAAGAUCUACCGCGUGGCAACCAAUCCCCGAGAAUUGAAAGAGGGGGUAUAGGUGGUGAUUUCGACAGAAACAGAAAAGCCAGGCCACUUACUCCUUCGAGCGGAACCUCUAUAACUACUGAUUAUGAUAAAUCACGAAGGGCUUUGCCUCACACCCCAUCACAAUACUUUUUUGACGACCGGGAACCGAGACCUAUAACUGCUCAACCUAGGAAACCAGUGGUAGGCAUCCCCUCACACCUGGGCUCUGAACGCCUGGUGUACAUGGAGAUGUGGCAGCAUGAAGCUAGAUACUGCCAACCGAUGCUGCAAUUGGGAACCUGUAAUCCUUUGCAUACUAAAAAAUUUUCCACCAGUGCGCUUGUACCAUCUAAGGUAUCUUGGGACUGCAAUAUCGAGCAGACGGCGAGACCAUUUACUUCUACAGUAUGUUAUACUAAUAAAGCCAAGCAGCCUCCGGCUAAACCAAAGCCAGCUAAGGCUGCUGCUAAACCGAGCGUGGCUAAGAAACCGGUUGUCACCGGAGGUGGCGCCAAGGGUAAAAUAAUCGCCGUGAUUGGUGCCGUGGUGGAUGUCCAGUUUGACACACAUCUGCCUCCGAUCUUGAACGCUUUAGAGGUACCAGGACGCACACCACGUCUUAUCUUAGAGGUAUCCCAACAUCUUGGAGAAAGUGCUUGCAGAUGUAUCGCCAUGGACGGUACCGAAGGUCUGGUCAGAGGCCAGUUAAUAGUGGACACGGGAGCACCUAUCACCAUACCCGUCGGAGAGAAGACCCUUGGAAGAAUCAUUAAUGUUAUUGGGGAACCGAUUGAUGAGCGUGGCCCAAUAGACACCGAAGAGUUCGCAGCGAUACAUGCCGACGCUCCGCCGUUCGUGGAGAUGUCGGUUGAACAGGAGAUUCUGGCUACAGGCAUCAAGGUUGUGGACCUUCUGGCUCCAUAUGUCAAAGGGGGUAAAAUCGGCCUUUUCGGUGGCGCGGGAGUCGGCAAGACUGUAUUGAUCAUGGAACUUAUAAACAACGUCGCCAAAGCUCACGGUGGUUUCUCUGUGUUCGCCGGCGUCGGUGAGAGGACGCGCGAGGGCAAUGAUCUUUACAAUGAGAUGAAGAUCGGUGGCGUUAUCAAAGAAGAUUACAAGACAUCUAAGGUGGCGCUAGUAUACGGUCAGAUGAACGAGCCGCCCGGCGCGAGGGCUCGCGUGGCUCUCACCGGCCUGACAGUGGCUGAACACUUCAGGGACAAGGAGGGGCAGGACGUGUUGCUGUUUAUCGAUAAUAUAUUCCGGUUCACUCAGGCUGGGUCGGAGGUAUCAGCCUUGCUAGGCCGUAUUCCAUCAGCUGUCGGAUACCAGCCGACGCUGGCCACUGACAUGGGUACCAUGCAGGAGCGGAUCACUACCACCAAGACUGGCUCCAUCACCAGUGUGCAGGCAGUAUAUGUACCAGCCGAUGACCUAACAGAUCCGGCUCCAGCAACUACCUUCGCCCAUUUGGAUGCCACCACGGUACUGUCUCGAGCUAUCGCGGAGCUUGGAGUGUACCCUGCAGUGGAUCCUUUGGAUUCCACGUCCAGAGUCAUGGACCCUAAUAUUAUAGGACCGGAGCAUUAUGGCGUCGCUAGAGGCGUCCAGAAGAUUUUGCAGGAUUACAAAUCCUUGCAAGACAUCAUCGCUAUCCUGGGUAUGGACGAGCUGUCGGAAGAUGACAAGCUGACGGUGGCGCGGGCACGGAAGAUACAGCGAUUCCUGUCGCAACCUUUCCAGGUAGCUGAAGUGUUCACCGGCCAUAUUGGAAAGCUGGUGAAAUUGGAGCAAACUAUUAAGGGAUUCAAAAGGAUUCUAGUCGGCGAAUUGGAUCACAUUCCCGAAGCUGCAUUUUAUAUGGUCGGCACCAUUGAAGAUGUUAUAGCGAAGUCCCAAGCACUCGCUAAGAGCGUCUAA